AAGAAUCACGGUGCUUCCGUAGUGACUGUGAAUAGAUUUUUUUUUUUUAUACUCAAUAUUUCCUUUUCUCUGCCAUGGUUAAGCCUGAGGCAAGUCCCAUCUUCUACAGUAUAGUUUACUUCUUGUUGCGCUUUGUAUUACUAGCUUACUCAGUUCCUCAAACUGCUCUUAUCACUCAAAUUCCUGGUUUCUCUGGCACUCUUCCUUCUAAACACUAUUCUGGGUAUGUAACUAUCGAUGAAAGCCAUGGCAAGAAACUAUUUUACUACUUUGUUGAAUCUGAGGGGAACCCCUUGAAGGAUCCGGUUGUUCUUUGGCUCAAUGGUGGACCUGGAUGCUCUAGCUUUGACGGAUUUGUAUAUGAGCAUGGUCCUUUCAAUUUUGAAGCUGCAAAUCAGUCAGAUGAUCUACCCAAAUUGCAUCUUAAUCCAUACAGCUGGUCCAAGGUUUCCAACAUUAUAUAUUUGGAUUCCCCUGCUGGUGUUGGGCUCUCAUAUUCUAAGAAUGAAACUGAUUACAUAACUGGAGAUGUAAAGACUGCCUUGGAUUCACAUAUAUUUCUCCUCAGGUGGUUUGAGCUGUACCCAGAGUAUCUUUCCAACCCAUUUUUUAUUUCUGGAGAGUCAUAUGCUGGGGUUUAUGUGCCAACUCUUGCUUAUGAAGUAGUGAAAGGAAUUGAUACUGGUGUAAAGCCUAUCCUUAAUUUCAAGGGAUAUUUGGUGGGAAAUGGAGUUACAGAUGAGAAGUUUGAUGGCAAUGCUCUUGUUCCAUUUGCUCAUGGCAUGGGCCUUAUUUCAGAUGACCUAUUUGAGGAGGUAAGCAAUGCAUGCAAGGGAAAUUUCUACCAACCACUUAGUGAAAAUUGUGAGAGCAAGCUUGCCAAGGUUGAUGCGGACAUUUCAGGUUUAAAUAUUUAUGACAUUCUAGAACCAUGCUAUUAUGACACAGACACAAGGGAGGUUACAGAUAUUAAAAUAAGGUUACCUUCUAGCUUUCUCCAAUUAGGUGAGACAGAUAGGCCUCUUCCUGUGAGAAAAAGGAUGCUUGGUCGUGCCUGGCCUUUUAGAGCUCCUGUAAGAGAAGGAAUUGUUCCAACUUGGCCACAGCUCCUCAAUAGCCGGAGUGUUCCCUGCACUGAUGAUGAAGUUGCUACCUCAUGGCUAAACAGUGCAGCAGUAAGGAAAGCAAUCCAUGCAGACGAGGAAAGUGUAGCUGGCACUUGGGAAUUAUGUACAGGUAGAAUCUCCUUUAGGCAUGAUGCUGGGAGCAUGAUCCAGUACCACAAGAACCUUACUCUAGGGGGAUAUCGAGCACUCAUAUUCAGUGGGGAUCAUGAUAUGUGUGUUCCAUACACUGGGAGUGAAGCUUGGACAAGAUCAAUGGGAUAUAAAAUAGUGGAUGAAUGGAGGCCAUGGACUUCCAAUGGACAAGUUGCUGGGUAUACACAAGGCUAUGAGAACAACCUCACCUUUCUAACCAUAAAGGGGGCUGGACAUACUGUCCCAGAAUACAAACCACGAGAAGCACUGGAUUUUUACAGUCGUUUCCUCGCAGGGAAGCCAAUGUAAAAGCACUGUAAUGUAACAUGAAGAAUCAUAUAAGCUAUAGCUGAGAAUCUUUUCUCUCUUCAAUAUUUACGGGGUCAAGACUGAAGAAUAUCGCAGAAGACUUGAUUAUGCCACCUGAAAGAAACUGAAGUCGAUGUAGAAGAGUUAUAUCCUGAUUAAGAAAACAGUGUGUUAUGCGAUACAAGCCAAUAAUAUGUCUAAUGCUAUUUGCUUCUUCAAAUUAACAUUUA